AUGGCGUCCGCGCUCGAGCGACAUUCGGCGAGUCGAUUGGCGUCGUGUCCGGUGUGUAACAAAUCCACGCACGUCGUCCUCAUACACGCGCACGUCGAGCGUUGCUUGGAACAGAAGCGACACGUGCACGGCGAAGCGAGCGUCGCGCGCGACGCUCGACCGGGAAACGUGCGCGGAGACGGCGUGGAAGAUGACGUGCGCUCGACCGAGGGCGCGAGGCCGAGCGAAGACGAUGGAGCUCAGAGACGAGUGAGCUCGGAGAAUCGGUUUGAGUCGGCGGGACGGGCGCGCGCGCCGGCGCUCGGCGCCGGCGGCUUCGUACGCAAGCUCGCGGCGGCGAAACGCGCGAGGGCGCAUUCGCCGACGGCGAAUGCUCGAGACGGGCUCGGAGAUUUUAAGCGACGGGCGCUCACGGACACGACGAACAGGAGUAUAGUGAGCGCGGCGAAGACGCUGCUCGUGGACGCCGCGACGCAGACACACGCGUCGAUGCAGACGGAAAUCGGGCCGACGAGUGGGUACGUUGAGGAUGACGACGUUGAUGUUGACAAAGUAGUCGAAGACGUCGAGGGCGGAGCGCCGUCUUCCGUGACGUUUGAGCUCCGCGUCAUGAGCGGGAACCACGACGAGUGCGGUAUUUGUCUCACACCGUUUGACGACGCCGAGGGCGUCACUCGACACAUGUUUUAUCCGUGUCAACACGUCAGACAGUGCGGUGAGUGCGCGCUGAGGGUAUGGCAGGUACCAAAGGCCAAACGUAGGUGUCCUUGGUGCAAAUCCAAAAUAGAAAUUCGGCCGCGCGCGUUCAAGCCGUUCCUGUGA